CAGGUUCUCGUCUAUUUCAAUUCCUGAACGCCACAAAUUAAAAGUAACAAACUGCGCAUAAAUCUGAGAUGUUGAAGGAGAACAUUUUAAAAAACGUUUCUUACAGUCUCCGUACAUUUAUGGUAGAGGCGUAAUGGCUCUCCCAGCUCAAUCACACCUUUUGCGAACAUAAUCACUUCAGACUAAACCGACCGGACCUCAUUCUUCAUGUCACAUCUUUUCUGGUACGUGACGUGGCGCAAUCCAUCGCCCUAACGAAGCCACGGAACAAUUCCAGCUUUAAGGCUCCAAAGAUAGCUCCAUUACGCAUGUGGAGCGCUUUGUUUUUUCUGCUCACUCUGAGCGCUCGGCCCCAGACCCGGAGAUGCUGCUGAGGCGCUUCACUCAGCCAACACCAGAGGACAAGAUUUGAUUUCUACGCACAACAGUUAAGGCAACAGGUGAGUCAUCUCUAUUAAUGUGCAUAGGAGAGACAACAUUCAGAGAAGGACGAUCCUCUUGAAAUCUCAAGGCUUCCCCUGAAAUCCAGUGUAAACAUGAGGGACAGACUAAGUCAACUGCAGGAAAUGCCCACCGCCAGUGACGAGUCGGUGGACUAUCAAGAGUCCACCUUUUCUGACUCCUUCAGUAAUGUCGACCUGGAAGACGAGCUGCCUCACCAGGCGAUAGUGUUUGACAACAGCCCUGCUCUCAAUGAUGUCUUUUCUCAAUCCCAGGACAUACAUAGAGAGAUACAGCUUAUCCGACUUGAGGUUAAAAGGCUCCGUGAGCAGAACUCUCGCAUUCUCCAGGGCAACACUAACAUGAGCACAAUUAAGAAAGACUCCAAUGCUAUAGGAGCCGACAUAAAGAAGAGGGCUGAGGGUAUUCUAAAUUACCUACACAAAAUGGAUGGAACAGCUCACAAGUUAGAGGAAGAGCAUGGUGAAAAUUCUGCAAUCACACGCAUCGCCAGAACCCAGUACGCUUGCCUCAGCAAUGGCUUUCGAGACGCAAUGUUUGACUAUAACGAGGCCGAGAUGGCCCAUCGAGAGAACUGCAAAGCCCAGAUCAUGAGGCAGAUGGAGAUAGUGGGGCGCGAUGUAUCAGGCGAAGAUGUGGAGGAGAUGAUCGAGAAGGGCCAGUGGAACAUCUUUAGUGACAAUGUUGUGAGCGAAGGCAAAACGGCCCGAUCGGCUCUGUUCCAGAUUGAGAAGCGCCAUCAAGAGCUCGUAGAUCUGGAGAACCGAAUCAAGGGAAUCCAUGAGAUAUUCCUGGACAUUGCCCUGCUGGUGGAGGAGCAGGGCCCAAUGGUGGACUAUAUCCAAACAAAUGUUCAAAAAACCGAUGCAGGCCUACAAGACGCCAUUGUCAAGCUUAAUCUAGCUAAAAAGCAUAGCAACAAUAACCCGUUUAAGAAGAUGUUUUGCAGUUGCUUCCCAUGCUUCAAGUAAAGACCAGAAUCACAUUCAAUGCAAUAUCUUUGUUCAAUACAUUCCAGUUAUUAUUGCAAAGCAAUACAUGUCACUGUUGUUGAAAGACAAAAACUUUAAGGAGUUCAAUGAAGGUCUGAAGGUAGAGCAAUUAGCACAGUCAUUUAGACUGACAUAUAUAUAUAUAUAUACUCAUGUAAAACUUGUUUCAAAUUAAAUUAACAAGUAUCUCAAUUCCUGAAAUGGACUGGUGAAUUGCUCAGGACGCCCAAUGGCUGCCAUGACCCUGAGAGUGAGAGUGAUUUAUAUAUAGACACUUUAUAUAGAAAGUGUCUGCAUGGUUCUCAAUUCAUUAUUUUAUUAAUGGGGUGUGACAAAAAUUGUUUUAAAUUAUUGUUGAUGUAGUUAUUGCCAUUGAGACUUUACGGGUCCCAAACUUUACUGGAACAAAUUAGGUAGAAUGAAGUGCCAUUGUAAACCUCCUUGUUUAGAAGCAAAAUAUGUUUAAAGGAUGUUGACAGAAGUGUAAACAAGACUGCCUCUAAAGUUUGUGCAAUUCAGCCGUCCUUGAUUCAUUUUAGAUUGUUAAUUUUAAGUCAAUAUUCAUUAUAAACAACAAUGUGUAAUUGGUGAGAUUUGACAUCUUUUGGCUGCAACAGAGAAUAAAUGUUUAUGGUACAAUCAUAUUGUUUAACAACAUUUUUUUUUUAUUACUUUUUUGUAUAUUUACUCCUUUCUUACCUUUUUUCAUAAUGUGGUUUCUUGUAUGGAGUAUUAAUGUAUCAAAGCUACCAAACCAUUUCAUGUAGCUUUAGAGAUGCCUACAAAUCUGAACGUUAUCCCUGCAUAACAAACAUUGCGUCUAACAAAGACCUUGCAGAAGGAUUUUAUCAUGACAUUACUUUUAGCUAAAAUAAUUUUUUA